AUGGAGUGUCAAGGACGCCGGUUUCCGUCUUUAGAUUGGCCUCUAAGCCAAGAGGAGAAACGAGGCCGGCUACUACAGCUGUACGACAAGGAUGUCCAAGCAGCAGAGAAGCUCUUGAGGGAGAAAGAGAAAGCUGUGAGCAACGAGGUUCACUCAACAGCAAGGUCUUCGAGUUCCAUCCAAGGUGACUUGCAAGCGUCAACUUCAACGGAUGGCCAGGAGCUGGCCGUUGGGAAGUGGGACUUCACGUGGCUGUUGCCAAAGGAGAAGUUAUGGUCCAAAGCCACCAAGACGGCCCUGUCUCUGGGUCUCCUGUUGUCCGAUCCCGACCUCGAAACGCACGACGACGACGAAGCCGACAAAGCUGAGCCGCUGGCUGAGCCGCCACCGAAACUCCGCACGCGUUCUGAGGGCGCCAAAGUCUUGCGCUCCAUACUGGUGCAGAAAGGUGGAUCUCAUCCUGGUGGAUCUCGGGUCGCGGUCGAAUCCCGCGACCGCCGCGUUUCCUUCGGAACGGACGCGCCGGCGCCCCGAUCGCCGGCGCCGAGAUCGCCGUCGCGGGGCCGGCGCAGCCGCCGCUUGCUGCGGGAACGCUUGCAUGGCUACAGCUGA